AUAUACAACACAUACACAGACAGACACAAUCACAGACACAGACAUACAUACAUACAUACAUACACAUAUACACAUACACAUACACAUACAGACGCACAUACAUAUAUACAUAUAUAUUUACGUAUACAUACAUAUAUGCAUACACAUACCUACAUACCUAUACAUGCAUAUACAGACAUACAUACACAUACACACAUGCGUACAUAUACGCGGACAUACAUAAACAUGCACACACAUACAUACACAUGCACAUAUAUAUAUAUAUAUAUAUAUGCAUACACAAUUACACAGUCAACAAUUUUAAAAAUCUAUUUUUUUU